AUGCGCACUGCGGGCUGUCCUUUUGCCACGUACUUCCUCCAGGUCCACACUGUCCCGUGUUCUCACCACGACUUUUCACCAAAAAUGAAGGUUUUCGUCGCAAUUUUCGCCACUUUUGUGGCCCUGUCCCUGGCAGGAGACUACUCAGAAGAGGAGGACGUCCUGGUUCUAACCAACGACAACUUCGAGGCGGCGAUAGCAGAGUUUGAGAACAUCCUAGUCGAGUUUUAUGCCCCAUGGUGUGGACACUGCAAGGCGCUGGCUCCCGAGUACGCCAAGGCCGCGGGCAGUCUGAAGGAGAAGGAGUCCGCCAUCAAGCUGGCAAAGGUGGACGCCACCGUGGAGUCCGAUAUCGCGCAGAAGUUUGAAGUACGUGGCUACCCCACCAUGAAGUUCUUCCGCAACGGAAAGCCCAUGGAGUAUGGCGGUGGUCGUCAGGCUGACCAGAUCGUGACCUGGCUGGAGAAGAAGACUGGCCCCCCUGCCGCCAACCUGGAAACUGCUGACCAGGCCGAGAAACUGAAGGAAGACAACGAGGUCCUGGUCGUGGGCUUCUUCAAGGACCAAGAGAGUGAUGGUGCCAAGGCCUUCCUAGAGGUGGCCAGAUCUGACGACGAGACCACCUUCGCUAUCACAUCAACAGACGAGGUCUACACCAAGCUGGAGGCUAAGGGUGAUGGUGUGGUCUUGUUCAAAAAGUUUGACGAAGGCCGUAACGACUUCGAGGGCGAUGUGAAGGAAGACGACCUGAAACAGUUCAUCAAGGAGAACCAGCUGCCCCUGGUGGUGGAGUUCACAGAAUCGACUGCCCAGAAGGUGUUCGGUGGAGAAGUGAAGAACCACAACCUGCUGUUUAUCAGUAAGGAACAUGAGGACUUCGACGGCAUCUUGGAACAGUUCAGGGGUGCUGCUGCCGAAUUCAAGGGCAAGAUUUUGUUUAUCUACAUCAAUGUUGACAACGAUGACCACUCCCGUAUCCUGGAGUUCUUCGGCCUGAACAAGGAGGAGUGCCCGCAGGUCCGCCUGAUCUCGCUGGACGAGGACAUGACCAAGUACAAGCCCGAGACAGAGGAAAUCACCACAGAGAACAUGAAGGCUUUCGUGCAGGGAUUCAUUGAUAAAACCAUUAAGGCAUUCCUGAUGAGCCAGGAUGUUCCAGAGGAUUGGGAUAAGGAGGGAGUCAAGGUUCUGGUCGGGAAGAACUUUCGUGAGGUGGCCCUGGAUGAGAACAAAGCCGUGCUGGUCGAGUUUUAUGCACCUUGGUGCGGCCACUGCAAGCAGCUGGCGCCCAUCUACGAUGAGCUGGGUGAGAAGUUCAAGGACAGCGAGGAUAUCGUGGUCGCCAAGAUGGACUCCACAGCGAACGAGGUGGAAGACGUGAAAAUCCAGAGCUUCCCCACCAUCAAGUAUUUCCCCAAAGGAAAAGAUUCCCAGGUUGUUGAUUACAACGGGGAGCGGACAUUAGAGGCCAUGGCCAAGUUCCUAGAAUCAGGCGGAAAGGACGGUGCAGGGCCCAGUGACGAGGAGGAUUGGGAGGAUGGUGAUGAGGAUUUUGAUGAGGAAGAGGAUUAUGAUGAGGAAGGAGAAGAUUUGGAGCUGGAAGAGGCAGAAGAUGCAGAUGCAGAUGCAGAGGGUUCAAAGGACGAGCUCUGAGCCCCUCCCAACCUCCAGUAACCAGCUGUGCAGCUCCGGACAUUCCCUGUACCCACCACCUCACCCCCCUCCCCCUUCACUGGCAGGACGAACUGCACCCCCCUCCCUCUGCUGUUGGUAUAGUCUUAUGUUGCACACACACAUCCCCAGCCACAGAGGGAUUUGGCAGUGCUUUUCGUCUUGCAUAACUAACUGGGUUUGGAUUCGCUAAGUUUCAACACGCUUUUGCUCCACGUGACUUUUGCAGUAAAACCUGGGGAAAAGGCAGUGUCAUGGUACUGUACUGUUUUAGCUGUGAGAGAUUAUAUAGUAUUGAUAAGUGUUCUGUUCAAUUUCUGCUUUAAACAAGUUUCCAGAAAGUCAAUCCUGGGGUAAGAUGUAUCUAAUGAGGCAUUUUGUGAAUUCCCAUGGAACAAUAGACAUGCUUAAGUAAGAAAAUGCUAGUUUUUGGAGUAUAUUUCUACAUUGAUUAUUGAAAAUGUUACCUGUGUGUAAUGACAGAAUAAGUAUAUAAGAUGUAUAGUGAAGAAGCCCUUAUGUAACAUGUCUGAAUUUCAGGCAUGUGAUUUGACUUCCAGACUGUUCAUUGUUAUGUUUGGUGCCGUACAAAUGAACAAAGCACUUCUUCCUGUGAGUGCCAGCUUGCGUUUGUGUGAUUGGUCAUCGUUGUAACUUUAGGUAGACGAUAGACUAAUGAAGAUGACAUAUGGUGUAAUUUAAAAGAGUACAGUUCUAAGUGCCAUGCAAUUGUUCUGUCCAUGCGUUCAGCCCAGUGGUAAGUAGUAUAUGCUGUUGGGUCCGGGUGAUAUUUGGUGGGAGGACCCUGGCAGAUACGUAGAGGUUAUGUUCCCUGUUUUAAUCCCCCUGCCCCCUCUAGAUAGGUGAAGGAAUAUAAUUUUGUUGUCAAAGAUUUGUUACGAAAAAAAAAAUUCAUAUGGUGGUGAGAAAUAAAUAAACGGGAGGUAAAAAUAGAGAAAUGUUGUAUUUGUUUUAUUGUUUCUUAUUUAUAGUUAUCAUAACUUUAUUACAGUCAAUGCCCAGGUAACUUGCAAUAAUAAAUCAGAACUUCAACAAA